GUAAUGUUUGAAAAAUUAAGAAUAAUAUUCUACGUUCUAUUAGCUCUUUUCAUCCCAUAUUUAUUACAAGAAUAUAUUUCAGCAAUUCUAAUAAAUAAAAUAAGAACCUGUAAUUGUAAAAAUUGCAAUUAUUAAUAUUGAAAAACUAAAUUAAAUUAUUACAGAUGUAAAUAUUAAAAACAAAAUGUCAAUUUAUUAUUUAUUUUUGUUGAUUUUCUUUAUUAAUGUUGGGUGUGUUAUAUCUGAGCUGAGUUUGCGAUUUGUAUUCAUAAUAGAGGCACAGGAGCAGGAUUUGACACGAGACAUCGGGAGAGCUCUGAAAUUGUCUGAAACUGUACGGCCUGAUGUUAAACUCGAUGAUGCUAUCGUCCUGCUUGAUAGAGAAAAUGAUGAAGAGAGUAAUAGGAUUUUAUGCGCCGCCAUAUCGAAAGGGGUAUCAAUGAUAAUAGAUUUGAGUUGGUCUCCAUGGCAAGUAGCCGAAGAUUUGGCUUCGGAAGCUGGUAUACCAUUGGUGAGGACUUUGCUAGGCUCGCAGCAGCUGGUGAAGGCUCUGGACAGCUACCUGGAGUCCAGGAAUGCUACUGAUGCUGCUCUGAUAUUGGAGAGUGAGAGUGACGUAGACCGCACCCUAUACGAGUUGCUAGGAGCAUCAAACAUCAGGGUGUGGGUCCACGCCGGCCUGACCAGAGACUCCGCCAAAGCAUUGAAGACCAUGCGGCCGGAGCCCAGCUUCUACGUCAUUGUGGGGGAAAACGGAUUUGUUAUGGAUACUUAUAGACGGGCCGUCAAAGAGAAGCUAGUUCGUCGCAAUUACCGCUGGAACCUGGUGCUCACUGACUACUCCUCAGUGGAGGUUGGUCAGCUAGUACUGCCGACUGUGAUACUCCAGUCGGAUCCAGGAGAAUGCUGCAAGCUGCUGAGGAAAGAUGAGUGCAACUGUCCUUCUGAUUUUCAGAGAAAACAGCACAUCAUAAACUCCUUAAUCCUCUACCUAUCAGAGGUUUACUCCAAAUUGGAAGGAGACCUCACUCUCACGACUUCGUCCAUACAAUGCGAGGAUCCACAGCCUUCCAUGAAUACCACCAGGGAUCGCUUGUUCAAGCAGUUUGCUGAAGACUCCGAGAUUAGUAACGAGACAGUCUUCUUUUGGGAUGGUGAUCGAUCUGGUCUUUUCCUCCGCUCUCGCUUCAUGCUCUCCACGUACAAGCCAGAAGACGGUCAGCAGGCCAUAGCUACCUGGUCUGCUGGCGAAGACUACAAGCUACUGCCGGGCAUCGAACUGGAACCUUUGAGGAUGUUCUUUAGAAUUGGAACUGCGCCUGCUGUACCUUGGACCCUGAUGAAGCUAGACCCUACGACUGGAGAACAGAUGUACAAUGAGGAUGGCCAGCCGCUGUACGAAGGAUACUGCAUCGAUCUCAUCGCUAGAUUAUCUGAGACCAUGUCUUUCGAUUAUGAGAUAGUUUCCCCAAAAACUGGAGAUUUUGGGAAGAAGCUCCCGAAUGGCACGUGGGAUGGAGUCGUUGGGGAUCUUAUGAGAGGAGAAACAGACAUAGCCAUUUCAGCUCUUACAAUGACAGCAGAACGAGAGGAGGUGAUAGAUUUUGUGGCUCCGUACUUCGAACAAACUGGAAUUCUUAUAGUAAUUCGCAAACCCAUAAGAAAAACAUCGCUCUUCAAGUUCAUGACAGUGCUACGUACAGAAGUAUGGCUAAGCAUCGUGGCUGCGCUCGUUCUGACCGGGUUCAUGAUCUGGCUGCUGGACAAAUAUUCUCCAUACUCCGCCAGGAAUAAUCCUGAUGCGUACCCGUAUCCGUGCAGAGAAUUCACUCUAAAAGAAAGCUUCUGGUUUGCCCUAACCUCCUUCACUCCACAAGGCGGUGGAGAGGCACCGAAGGCUUUAUCUGGGAGGACGCUUGUAGCUGCAUACUGGCUCUUUGUGGUGCUCAUGUUGGCUACGUUCACUGCUAACCUGGCUGCCUUCCUGACUGUGGAGAGGAUGCAGACUCCAGUCUCCUCGCUAGAGCAGUUAGCUCGACAGUCUCGCAUCAACUACACGGUGGUGGAAGGCUCAUCAGUACAUCAAUACUUCGUCAAUAUGAAGUUUGCUGAAGAUACACUGUACAGGGUUUGGAAAGAGAUAACUCUGAAUGCGACAUCGGAUCAGGCGCAGUAUAGAGUGUGGGAUUACCCAAUCAGGGAGCAGUAUGGACAUAUACUACUAGCCAUCAACGCUUCUCAGCCCGUACCAGAUGCAAAGACCGGUUUCCAGCAAGUGAACGAACAUACGGACGCGGACUUCGCUUUCAUACACGAUUCGGCUGAAAUAAAGUACGAAGUAACAAGAAACUGUAAUUUGACGGAGGUGGGCGAGGUGUUCGCUGAGCAGCCGUACGCCAUAGCUGUCCAGCAAGGGUCCAGGCUGCAGGAGGACCUGUCCAGGGCACUGCUUGAGCUGCAGAAGGAGAGGUUCUUGGAACAGCUUGCUUCUAAAUAUUGGAAUGAAUCAGCUAGACAGGCUUGUCCGGAUGCUGAUGAGUCUGAAGGGAUCACACUCGAGAGUUUGGGUGGAGUUUUCAUCGCAACGCUCUUCGGUUUAGGUCUAGCAAUGCUAACAUUAGCUUGGGAAGUAUUCUACUACAAACGCAAAGAAAAAAAUAAAGUACAAACCUUUAAUGCGAAGCCAGAGAAACAAGCUUUCGACGCGAAAUCCAGUCUAGAAUCAAAAGUAGCACAAUCUGUUGCGAAAAUUCGUAAAAGGGGGAAGAUUGGGAAAAGGGCUAAUGUAGCCAAGAAUGUUACUUUUGGUGACAGUUUUAAGCCUGUUUCCGAAAAGGGUGUGUCUUAUAUUAGUGUUUUUCCUAAAGAUUAUAGGCCUUAGGGUAUAGAGAAUUAGUUACCGGGCCUCCGGGUCAAAGCAGGAGUAGGAACGGGGUGGUUUUU